UUGCGCGUUGUACAACACUAGCAACGGGGCAUUGUUUUUGUGUGUCAUUAUUGCAGGAAAAUUAUUAAAGAAAUUGAAUACUGUCGUAAAUUUUACGUUUUUUCUUGAACUUAAUAGUGACUAUUACGUUAAGCAACAGACAUGAGCGAUGUACAGACUCUGAUGGACAUGGGAUUCCCCAAGGAUCGAGUGGAAUAUGCACUGCAGGUGACAAGUCACAAAGGUGUCGAGUUGGCUAUGGAAUGGCUGUUGGCUCAUGUCGAUGAGGAGAUUCCCACUCCAGGAGGAGGAGCAGCAUCCGGAGGAGGAGCAGCACCGACAGAAGACAAUGCGCCCAGCAGCAGCGGAGGAGCAACUGAUGAUGCAGCCGGAGGAGCUGCAAUUGCCAAAUCUCUCAAAUGCGACGAUUGCGGUAAAGUGCUCAAGGAUCAGACGGAGGUGGAAUUCCAUGCAGCCAAGACAGGACACAGCAAUUUCUCCGAGUCCACGGAGGAGAAGAAAGCACUCACCGAGGAGGAGAAGAAGGCACAACUCGCCCUUAUCGAGGAGAAGCUGAAACAGAAGCGUGUGGAACGCGAGGAACGCGAAAAGGUUGAUGCCCUGGAGCGGGAACGUAAUCGCAUCCGAUCCGGCAAAGAUAUGAUAGAGGCUCGUCGUCGCAUGGAAGAGAUCGAAAUGAAGAAGAUAGUCGAUCAGCGCAAGCGCGAAAAGGAGGAGGAGAAAGCGGCUCGGGAUCGGGUUCGGGCACAAAUCGAGGCUGACAAGGCGGCUCGCAAGGCCAGGGAACUCCCCGCACAGUUGUCGGAUGCGGUGGCUUCGGUCAGCUCCACGACUACGGCCAGUUCGCCGACUGGCGUCAAGUCGCCGCCGCGGGAAUACACGGAGACCCGGAUCCAGGUGAGACUGCAGGACGGAUCGACACUCGCGUCCGAGUUCAAUGUGAAGGAACCGUUGUCCGCCGUGCGUGUGUUCAUCCAGGUGAAGACGGGCAUUGAAACUCCGUUCGCUUUGAUGACUUCGUUUCCGCGCAAAAUCUUUGCGGAUGAUGACUAUGAGAAGCCGCUGGAGGUUCUGGGUCUGGUACCAUCCGCUGUCGUUAUAAUGACCAAGCCAGCUGCGUAAAUUCAUCGAAUCACAAAUUCAACAACAACACACAAAACAUUUAUAACUAUAUAUAUAUAUAUACAUAUAUUUAAUAAAUAUGGCGCGAUAUUUCCAGUCUUCCGUCGGACUGGGGCGAUAAAUCCACGAUUUUAUAUAAAAACCACAAAUCUUAAUUCAA